CAAGUACGUACAAUAUUGGUCAGAUUGAGUUGAAAUGUCUCAUAUAAUAUGACUAAAAGAUAUGCACAGUAGUGUAGUAAAUUUUAAAAGUUAGGGUUUAGUUCAAUUAAGGUAAAAUGUAAGCUUUCUAAAAAAACAACUAUAUAUUAUACAGGUAGACAACUAUUUAGAUACAUUUAUUGACAGAAAACAAAUGAUUGUUAGUUUAACAUGGUUAGUCUUACUGUCUAGUUAUCGUGAUUUAUUGUGCAUAACAUGUUUGUGCAAUGCUUCAGACAUAACACUACAAUAUCAAGUGGCUAACAUAGCAUAUUCAGAAAUAGGUUUGUUUGUAGUAACUGUAAUACAUUUUCUUUACCAUACAAUGUUUGAAAAAUUAAUUUAAUGUCAUUUAGCAACAGAAAUCACAGCUUUUAAUCUAAUGUUAUAUGUUAAUAUGAUAAUCUGAUAUCAGUCUAACAUAUUGCAAUGUGUGAAAAGUAACAUAAUGGAUUGCAAUUUAUGAUGGAAUGCAGCAGUAUUGACUAAUUUAUGUUUGUUGUCUUUUAUGUGAAAUGGGGAAUGAAUGGAGCAGUGCUGAGAUGCCACGUGGAAAGGGUUUCCGUCGCUCCCAGGCAGCCAAGAAGAGGAAUGCUGAGCGUCACACGCUCAGCUCCUUCAUAGACUUGGUAGAGGAUAUCUGUCCUCUACCAAAAAAGGCACCUACUGAAAACUCUGAUGCAAAUACUUGUGAAAAUUCCCCUGAGAAAACUUGUGAAAAUUCCCCUGAGAAAACUUGUGAAAAUUCCCCUGAGAAAACUUGUGAAAAUUCCUCUGAGAAAACUUGUGAAAAUUCCUCUGAGAAAACUUGUGAAAAUUCCUCUGAGAAAACUUGUGAAAAUUCCUCUGAGAAAAAUUGUGAAAAUUCCUAUGAUGCAAAUACUUGUCCAAAUUACUGCCGUAAGGCUCCCAAAACUUGUGAAAAUUCCUCUGAGAAAAAUUGUGAAAAUUCCUAUGAUGCAAAUACUUGUCCAAAUUACUGCCGUAAGGCUCCCAAAACUUGUGAAAAUUCCUCUGAUGCAAAUUACUGCCGUAAGGCUCCCAAAACUUGUGAAAAUUCCUCUGAGAAAACUUCUAAGAAACGCUGGAGUGAUGUUACUAGAGCUUCACUUGUGACCAACUCUGAUUAUUUCCCUCAGAAAGUCGUACGUGGUUCCUUCCAUCAGGGUGAUGCUCGGUUUGGCUGGAACAGAAACCGUCAGUGUGCAGUGAACAGUAUCACAGCAGUCAUGGUGAGUGUGCUGAAGGAUGUGCUGACGUGGACAACAGAGGACCUGAAUGCUGUGCUGUUCCAUGGAGAUGAGCUGUACACAUCAAUGCGACUGCAGGGGCAGAUCAACGAUCGAACAGGGCUGGGUCAUAUUUCUGUUGCAGAACUGCCACGACUACACACACUUGAUAACACAACAUUUUUAAUAAAGCAUGGAGAAUCUUUCUCAGGUGUUUUUGGUGUUGAUUUUUAUGAUGAAUCAUUGCGAGAUGUGUCCAUGACUAUAGAAGAAGCUCUACAGAGGGCUCUGCUUCAGUGUGGUGCAUGUUUGUUAAACAUUAAAGCGUACAUCUGUGCAGUGAUAAAGGCAGGGUCAACAUUUGCUGUAGUCGAUCCCCAUUCACGUAACCGUAAAGGUAUGCCUGAAGGUAAUGGAAGAAGCAUUGUAGUCUAUUGUGAUGACAUAUACAUGUUGUUUAAUCAUGUUACUAAUCUUGCCAUGUCACUGAAUGCCCAGGGAACAGAUUUUGAAGUGACGUCUGUGAAAGCAACGGUAAUUGGUAAGACCACAACUAUUGAGACAAGUUCUGAGUCUGAUCAGGAAGCCAGUGUCAGUCAUGUUUCACCCAGAAGCACAGUGGAGGAUCGCGAGUGUGUGCGAGAACAUGGUAAACAAAAAGAGAAAGUAGGUGUCGCGCAUGAUUUAGCUACAAGCACAGCGGAGCACAGUAAGUGUAUCAAAGACCACGGUAAACGCAGACGUGGAGACAAGCAAGCAAGUGCGCACAAACUGGAUCAGACAUACUUGGAUUCAAGUAAGAAAAAGAGACGAGUGCGAACUGAGUCAAAACUUGCAAAUGUUAGCACGUUGAAUGAUGUCAUUAUUGCAGACCCAGUGAAUACCGAGUUGAGUUUAAACUCUGCAGAUCAGGAAGCGAAUUUAUCAUUGGAUGAUGUCAUCAUCAUCGGAGAUACAAGGGAAAGACAGAAAGAUAUCGAUUUCACUAUUAAUCAGUUCCAUCAAGAAGUCAGUACAGGUCCAGAAUUUGUUUGCUCUGUUUGUCAUCGUUUGUUGUUUAGAAAACAGGUUAUUGAAUGUAAAAGGGAUUGCUAUAAAAUCAGAGGUCAACAAAUCACAGAUUUGGCUGAAAGAUGCAUCACAGAAAAGUAUUUACACACAUGCAAUAAUGAAUGUGAGAAUAGAUGCCAUUUAUCAGGUAAUGAAGCUCGUAAAUUGUGGAUUUGCUACACAUGCCAUCGUAAAAUUCUUGGUGGAAAAUUGCCUGAAGAGAGUGCCGCAAACAACAUGCAUUUGGUGGACAUUCCCAAAGAGCUAAAAGGUCUAAACUCAUUGGAGGAACAUCUUAUCGCACGCAAUAUUCCUUUUAUGAAGCUGCUUUGUCUUCCUCGUGGAAAUCAGAAAGGCUGCCACGGCCCGGUUGUCUCGGUCCCUGUUAAUAUCGCAGAUGUCUCAAAUAUUCUUCCACGUAAUGAAUGUGAUGACCACAUGAUAAGAAUAAAACUGAAACGAAAAUUAACGUAUAAGGGCCACUAUGAAUAUAAAUGUGUCAGCACUGAUCGUGUCAGACAUGCGCUGUCUUAUUUGGUGAGACAUAACAAGUGGUAUAAUGAUGUGGAGUUUAAUGAGCAGUGGGUAAACUCUUUAAAUGCAGACGAUGAAGUAGAGAAUGAGGCUGAUGAUUUUGAAAUGGAGAAACAAGAUUUAACAGAUAAAAAUGAAGAUGAGGAAGAAGCUGCAGAUGAUCCAGAGGAAGAUAUAACAUAUAUUAAAGAACAAAGUGGUCUUUUGUCAGACACAUCACUGCAACCUGUUGACAUUGGUUCAGAAAUAAUUGAUCAACAUUUUCAAGAUGUACUAAACGUAGCUCCAGCUGAAGGUAACAGUCCUAUUAGGCUGCUGUCUGAUAAAUCCAAUGAGGCAAAGUGUUUCCCUGUUCUCUAUCCUACUGGUGGUCCGACAUUUCACGAUGAAAGACAGGAAAAAAUCACAUUGACACGAUACUUAAAAGCAAGAAUACUAAAUGCAGAUGGACGUUUUGCACAGAGCACAGACUUCCUUUUUUAUGCACAAUAUAUAUCAGAAGUUGAUCAAAUUAUAUCAAAUGUCUCAAUUGCACUGAGGAAAGGUUCAGAGAAAAACUGUCUAAAGAUCACACCAGAUAUGCUAACAAACUCAGACUCUUUGCAAAGAAUACUCAAUUAUGAUGAAGGAUAUAAGUUCUUAAGACCAGUAAGAGGGACGCCUCCCUAUUGGAUGUCUACGCAAAAAGAUCUGUUUGCUCUUAUUAGACAACUAGGCAUACCGACAUUUUUUGCAUCUUUCAGUUCUGCUGAUAUGAGAUGGCCUGAAAUGCUCAACACCAUCAUUAAACAAGAGGGUAAACAAAUAAAUGUUGAUGACCUUGACUGGUCUGAAAAAUGUGGACUCAUAAGACGAAAUCCUGUCACUGCUGCAAGGAUGUUUGAUCACAGAUGGCAUUGUUUUCUAAAAGAUGUCAUAAUGUCACCAGCCAAGCCUAUUGGCAAGAUAAAAGACUACUUUUAUCGUGUUGAAUUCCAACAACGUGGUUCUCCUCAUGUUCACUGUCUGUUUUGGGUGGAAGAUGCUCCGAAGCUCAAUGAUCAUGAUGCAGAUAAUGAUGCAGUGGUUGCUGAUUUUAUUGACACCUACAUCACUUGUGAGACACCACCAGAAAAUGACACUGUACUUUACGAGACAGUGAACAGUGUUCAGAAGCACAGUACAAGACAUUCAAAAACAUGCCGGAAGAAAAAUACAGUUUGUAGAUUUAAUUUUCCAAGACCGCCAACUAGUCGGACCUUCAUUACAAGAGAAAGAAAUGCAGAUGACUCGAAAGGCAAGGGUGAAGAUACCACAGCCAGUGAAAUUAUAAAGAAAGUCAAAGCUGCUUUAAAUUCUGAUGUGAAUUUUGAUUCUGUUGAUGCCUUUUUUUCAUCUAUUGGGAUUAAUCAAACUAUGUUUGAAAAAGCAUACAAUGAAUGUUCCAAAAAGAAAAGCAUUGUCUUGAAAAGAAACCCAAAAGAUGUUUGGGUAAAUCAAUACAACAGAGAUUUGCUGCGUGCUUGGCAAGGAAAUAUGGACAUUCAGUAUGUCACAGAUGCCUUUUCUGUAGUGGUCUAUAUACUUAGUUAUAUCACAAAAGCAGAACAAGAAAUGGGACUUCUGCUUCAGCGUGCACAAAAUGAAGCAAUGAAUGGAAAUCUUGAAGCUAAAGCUUCACUAAAACAGUUGGGAAGCAUGUAUCUGCACAACAGAGAAAUUUCUGCUCAAGAGGCGGUGUACAGGCUGACAGGCAUGCAUUUGAAGGAAUGUUCCCGCAAAGUACAGUUUAUUCCAAUAGGACAAAAUCCUGUAAAGAUGAGUUUGCCUUUGCAUGUGCUUCAAAAUAAAGUGGAAAAUGACCAGUCUGAUGAUGAAAGCAAUUUUUGGAUGACAAGUAUCACUGACAGAUAUAAGAACAGACCAGAGAAAGAACCACUAGAAAAUCUAUGUCUCGCCAGUUUUUGUUCUGAGUACAGAGUUCUGGCAAAAUCAGAGGUUUCCUCACAAAACAAAACAGCAGAAAAUGAAAUAAUUAAACUGAAUAACAACAAUGGCCAUGUAAAACGGAGGACAAGAACUGAACCUGCAGUAGUGAGAUAUCCUAGGUUUUCUCCCACAAAAGAUCCAGAAAAAUAUUAUCAUUCAUUGUUGCAGCUUUUCUUACCACAUUAUGAUGAGUCUGAUCUGAAGCCUAGCAAGUAUAACACUUAUGAAGAGUUUUACAACAGUGGUGUCAUAAAAAUUGGUUGUGAACUGAAACAAGUGAAAUCAGUUGUUGAUGGCAACAGAGCAUUAUUUGAAAAGGAAAGUGACAAAAUAGAUGAAGCUAAACAGCUUUUGGAGCAAAAUCUUGAUUUAGAAGAUGCCUGGGCUGAGAUAUGUCCUGAAACUGAGAAACAGCGUGAUGAAUGCAUAGACCUGAUGAAGGACAAACUACUGCUUGAUGAAGAUGACAGUCAAGAACUUAUUCCAGAUCUUACAGCAAACCCUCAAACUGUGUGCACCAUUGAAACGAAUCACACUACAAUGCCUAGAGAUGAGGCGUUGCAUUUACUAAGGUCGUUAAACGAGGAACAAUCUGCUGUGUUCUACAAAGUACAGAAGUGGUGUCUACAGAAAGUACUUGGACAAAAUCCUGAACCAUUUCGAUUAUUUCUUACUGGUGGAGCAGGCACAGGAAAAAGUCAUCUAAUUAAAGCAAUACAAUAUGAAUCUACUAGACUGUUGUCUCAGCUUUCUGAGAAUCCUGAUGAUAUUACUGUACUUUUGACCGCAUCGACGGGUGUUGCCAGCUUUGGAAUCGGAGGCGGAACUGUUCAUAAUAAUUUCGCAAUUGGUGCAAAUGUCAGACUGCCAUAUCAGCCUCUUAGCGAUAAUAAAAUAAACUCAUUACGUACAAAAUUGGGUUCGUUGCAUAUUUUGAUUAUUGAUGAAGUGUCUAUGGUUGACCAUCGUCUUUUGUCAUACAUUCAUGGAAGGUUGCGACAAAUAAAACAAACUGGUGACUACUCUCUCUUUGGAAAAGUCAGUAUUCUUUGUGUUGGGGAUUUCUAUCAACUUCCUCCAGUAAAAGGAACUGCUCUGUAUGCUGAUACAAAAGGAGUGAACCUCUGGGAGAAUAACUUUCAAGUUGCAGAAUUAACUAAAGUUGUUAGACAACAAGAUCCGAGUUUUGCUCAAAUGUUAAAUCGACUGAGAGUACACAAGAAAGGCGAAUCCCUUUUGUCUAAUGACAUUGCUAUGUUGAAAAAAUGUGAAACAGGGAAGAAGUGUAAUGAUAUUCACAUAUUUGCUACAAAUGCUGAAGUUGAUAAAUAUAACAUCGAAAGACUACAUGAAUGUUGCCCAGAGGCAAUCAGUAUAUAUGCUCAAGAUUAUGUCAAAAACUCAAAAACUGGACGAAUGGAACGUAAAGUUGGAUUUCAUAGUAAAGUUUUCAACUCGUGUUUGUCUAAAUCUGUUUCGCUGGGUAUUGGAGCAAGGGUUAUGUUAAAAAAAAAUAUUGAUGUUGCUGAUGGUCUUGUCAAUGGAGCGUUUGGUACAGUUGUCCACGUAAGUGAAAGUCAAAAUGAUAAUGAUGAUUUCCCAUCAGCUAUACAUGUGGAGUUUGAUAAUGCAAACGUUGGUAAAAUUCAAAGAUCUAAAACAAGAAAGAGAUUUUCCCAAAAUUCAACAGUUAUUGAAGUACAAGAAGACCAUGUCACAAACGAUGGUGGUAUAAGACGUCAGUUUCCUCUCAGAUUGGCUUGUGCAUGUACACUUCACAAAGUGCAAGGACUCACAGUAGACAGAGCAGUUGUGUCACUUAAGAAAAUCUUUACAGCAGGGCAAGCAUAUGUUGCAUUGAGCCGUGUAAGAUCUCUCAGUGGAUUAAUAAUUGAGGACUUUAAAGAGUCUGCUAUAUUUUGUAAUGACAAAAUUGAGUUGGCUAUGAAACAUAUGACAAAAUUUCUGUUGGAAAAGGACAGUUCCACUGAGUCCCAUGGAAAUACUCAUUUCACUGUUGUAAUCAAAGUCAUGUAUGAGGAUAUGUAUGUGAAGAUUCCGCCUGCCACUGGGGGAGGGGGUGGGCAGGGAGGCAAGACAUAA